AUGAGUCGUACAAAUCUUCUAACAAUAAGGGGCUUUACCAGAAGCUCGAAGAAGAAAAACCAAAAUAAGCUGGGCAACAAUUAUAACGAACUGUACUUGAACAACGACUCAUCCACCUCGCUGAACUAUAACCAGAACACGCAAGCGUCGAUAUAUUCUAACAACAACGGCUCUUCGCUUUCCUUAAGAAGAACGCACUCGCCAUCCAAGCAAUCUAUCAGAUCGCUGAAAUCCACGAACCAGACUCGCCAGCAACCCAGCAAACAUGCACCAAAACCGCUUUUCAUUUGUGAGCCCUUUGUGAAAAUCGCACUUGUCAAAGGUUCAUAUAAGACCAUCGUUCAACUACCGAAAUAUGUGGAUUAUCAUGAGUGGUUAGCUCUCAACACCUUUGAACUAUUCAAUCAUCUGAACAAAUUCUACGGAGUGAUAUCUGAAUACGUGACUCCUGACCGCUAUCCGAUUAUGACCGCAGAUCCGAAGACUGAGUACGUCUGGAUGAUGCCAAACGGCAAAACCGUUUCUCUCCCUGCAAAUCAAUAUAUCGAUCAUGCCUUGACAUGGAUUAACAACAAGAUCAAUGACCAGACAAUAUUUCCAACGAAAUCAGGAAUGGCAUUUCCUCCCUCCUUUUUGAAGGAAAUAAAGGGGAUAUACAUUCAAAUGUUCAGAAUCAUUGCGCACAUCUUUCACAAUCACUUUGACAAGCUGGUCCACCUGUCUCUGGAAGCACACUGGAACUCGUAUUUUGCUCAUUUCAUCUCGUUUGUCAUUGAAUUUGACCUGAUCGAUACGCAUGAACUUGAACCUCUGAGAAUGCUGAUUGACAAUUUGGAAGCACAAGGGAAAAUCAUACCGUUUAGUAAGGACGCUCAAUAG